AAGGCCAUUUCAGUAAAAAAUUGUCCCCAAAAAAAGGGAUACGGUGCUGCAUCAAUCCCGCAAUGUAACCCUGCCCCUCAGCUUGUCCUCGUGUCGGCUCCACGACCAAGGGUCUAUCACCAAGCAGUUCCUAGUCCUGCUCCUUCUUACGGAGGAUCAGCAGAAGGUGGGCAUGGAGGUAAUCAAUCAGUUGGCUAUGGAGGAUACGGUGUCGGAUACGGCGCACAAGCCUGUGGCUAUGGGGGAGCUGCAAGAGGUGGACAUGGAGGUCAAUCCGCUGGCUAUCAAGAAUCAAACGGUGGUGGACACGGAAGCAGAGGACUAGCGAGAAGUGGACAUAGAGGUCCAACAGGAAAAAGAAAUGCUCCUAUUCUAUUCACUCCAACAUUUCAUCAGACCACAAUGACUUUUUACGGUGGUGGUGAACAAACUGGCGGUUACCGAGGUUUUACAGGAGGAAUGCACAGCGAACAAGCUGGUGGCUAUGGAGGUUCUACAGGAGUAGGUGAUAUUCAGCUAGUGGAGUGCUCAAACUCUGUCGUAUCGACCUUGAAGCAUGGCGUUCAUUUCAUCAAUAUAUAAUGUGGAACAGUCUAGCAGAAGUGGAAAGACUUUCAGAAA